AUGCCUGUCUACCGCUAUCAUUUGAAGUUUGAGCUCUACCCUUCGCCAAAUCCGACGCAUAGCACGCCCGCCGCAGCACCCAACCCCGAUAUCUGGAUACCCACCAAGGAGUCGUCCAUAUUUGACCACCUCCCCGCCCAUCCUCGCACCUGGCAGCUCAAGUCCCUGCCUUCAAGGCCAUCGUCCAAGAGGAAACAGGAUCGAGAUUGUAUCCAAGAAGGACGAAUCGAAGAGGAAGAGGAAAAGCGUCAUUUAGAGAAGAUUCCUGGAUCCUGGCCAAAACCAGAGUCGGGAGUACUCAACAACAGCUCAGACCCCGACGCGGAGGAAGGGACGGAAACCGGCGGAGUUAUCGAUUGCGGGGCAUCCAGACCAAACCGCCAAAACCCUGAAGACAAUAGGAACAUCGUCAGGCUUCCAGACAAACAGUCACGCGCGAGUUCUCCCCCACCAAGGUUCACGUCUGGGAUAGGGCCACGGACGGCAGCUAAGGACUGGCGCUUCGGAAGGAUCAGCAUCGAGAGCCUUGAUCUGCCACGGGACGGACAUCUGCAGGGACACGCACAAACCGCAGCGGAGGACAAGAAGCAGAAGAAGGGCAAAGGGAAGGACACACCCAACACCACUGCUGGAGCCAGAAAAUCGGUAGCAGCAAAGAACAACCAGUCAGCAAUGGCUGAAUCACAGAAGAAUCAAGGACAGCAAUCUCAACAACAACAAAAUGGCAACGAGGAACGUGCCUCCCACGGGACACCGGCGGCCUCUCUAGGCCCCAACCUCGGUGGCAUGGGCCAGGCCACCAAGGGACGAUACAUCCCUCUGGAAACCAAGAACACGGAAGUCGGCUGGGGCAUCGUCCAUCUCUACCGCGAGGCCGAUGAGAGCAGUGCUCUUCGCGCCGGGGUGAGUGCAGGCAGCGCCGCCAGUGGUAGCAGCGAUGCCGGUAGCAACGGAACUGCUAACAGUGGUGACGACGGCACUAUCCUCUGCAUCACUGCCGUUCCGAUGUACAUGAGUCCGAGUGACUUCCUGGGCUUCAUAGGAGAAAAGUGGCGCGAUGACGUGAGCCAUUACAGGAUGAUCAUGACGAGCAAGUUGAAUCGGUACAUGGUUUUGAUGAAGUUUCGGGAUCCGCAGAGGGCGAAGGACUUUAGGAUCCAGUUUGAUGGGAGGCCGUUUGACAGUAUCGAGACCGAAUUUUGCCAUGUCGCCUACAUCCAGUCCAUCACCGUAGAAUCAGCUGGCACCCAGAACGGUCACAGUACCACCACCAGCAACGCGGGCGGAAACGGCAACCAAGUCGAUACUAUUCCCUCGCCCAGCAACACCCUCAACCUGCGACCAUUCCCUCCCCCGACCCCCAACCUGAUCGAGUUGCCGACCUGCACCGUCUGCUUAGAGCGCAUGGACGACACAGCCGGUCUCAUGACCAUCCUCUGCCAGCACGUCUUCCACUGUACCUGUCUCCAAACCUGGAAAGGCUUCGGCUGCCCCAUCUGCCGCGCCACGAACCCCAAGCCGACCGCAGAAGAAACCGACCCGGAAAACCCGUACUCGCGACCCUUCGGCUCGGGACCUGUAUCUAACCUCUGCAGCGUCUGCGACGAACCCUCCGAUCUCUGGAUCUGCCUAAUCUGCGGCAACGUCGGGUGCGGUCGGUACAAGGGCGGACACGCCAAACAGCACUGGAAGGAAACCGCCCACAGCUUCAGCCUGGAGAUGGAAACCCAGCACGUCUGGGAUUACGCGGGCGACAUGUGGGUGCACCGCAUGAUCCGCGAAAAGGGCCAAGGCAAGGUAGUCGAGUUCCCCAGUCAUCACAUCCACAACAGCAAUACCUCUUCGGAGCGCAACAACACCACGCGUGCCCCGGCCCCGGCAUGGAGCUCCCAGGAAGAGACCAUGGCGGCGGUUGCCGGUGCCCCCUUGCCCCAUGCUCCAGUCCCCGAAGACCAAGAAGUCGUCCCCCGCGCCAAGCUCGACAGCAUCGGUCUCGAAUACACCCACCUCCUCACCUCGCAGCUCGAGUCACAACGCAUUUACUUUGAGGAAAUGGUCGCCAAGGCAGCGGACAAAGCCUCCAAAGCAUGUGCAGCCGCAGACGCCGCCUCCGCCGCCUCUACCCGUGCAAUCAAAGAGCUGACAGAUUUCAAAGAGGAGCAUUUCCGCUUGAAAGAAGAAGUCGCCUCUCUAGAGCGAGACCUCACGCGCGAGCGCAAGCGAGCAGACAAGAGCACAGAGCUGGCGCGGAAUUUGUCGAAACAACUCCAAGAGGAGAAGAGAGUAGGGGAGGGACUGAUGAAGAGGAUUAAGCAUAUGGAGAAAGAAGCGAAUGCCACGCAGGAGGAACUAAAGAUGUUGAGGCAGCAGAAUGAGGAAUUGAAGGAGACGAAUCAUGAUCUGUCUAUGUUUAUUAGUGCACAGGAUAAGUUGAAGAGUAUGGAGGCUGAGGGACAGGUGACGGCGGAGGAGCUGGAGGAGGGGGGGAUGGUGGUCAUUCCUGUUGGGGAGGGGUCGUCUGCUAAUGGAGGGCAGGGGGGACAGGGAGGGCAAGGAGGUGGGAAGAAGAAGGGGAAGGGGAAGGGGAAGAAGUAG